AUGGAUGUGAUUGUGAGGUUUGUGAACAAGCAAGGCCAAGUAAUUGAAAGAUUUCUUGCUGUUGAAGAUGUUGCCGAUACUUCAGCCUCUUCAUUAAAGACAGCUUUGGAUGGAUUGUUUGCCCGUUGUGGUUUAUCUAUUUCUAUAUUGAGAGGGCAGGGGUAUGAUGGAGCCUCUAAUAUGAAAGGGCAAUUUAAUGGGUUGAAGACAUUAAUUUUGAAUGAAAAUCCAUUUGCUUUUUAUGUUAAUUGCUUUGCCCACCAAUUGCAGUUGGUUGUCGUUUCUGGUGCUAAAGGCAUUUUGGCUAUUAGUGAUUUUUUCAACUAUGUCACUAUGAUUGUGAACAUUGUGGGGGCUUCUUGCAAAAGGAGAGAUGUGUUGCUUCGGAAACACCAUGAUAAGAUUGUGGAGAAAUUGGAGAAAGUAUUAGAGGUGUUAGAGAAUGUGUGUAAUGAUGGGAAUGUUGCAGAACAAAGAGGCAUAGCAUCAGGUUUGAUACAAAGGAUGGAGAGUUUUGAAUUUAUAUUUAUCUUGCAUAUGAUGAUCAAAGUAUUGGGAUUAACUAAUGACUUGUCAAAUGCCUUGCAGCAGAAAGAUCAAAACAUUGUUAAUGCAAUGGGGUUGAUUGUAACUGUGAAAGAACUUAUGCAAGACUUGAGAGAAAAUGGAUGGGGUAUAUUUUUAGAAGAAGUCAAGAGCUUCUUUGUUGCAAUGUCAGUUUCAGUACCGAAUAUGGAAGAUAGUAUACCAGUUCGAGGUCGUUCGAGACGUGGAGGGCAAUUGGUUACUUAUUACCAUCAUUAUCAUGCUGAGAUCUUUAUUGCCGUGAUUGAUUUACUUACUACUGAGAUGAAUAACCAAUUUAGUGAAACUUCUACAGAGUUAUUAAGAUGUAUUGCUUGUCUUGAUCCAUGA